AUCAGCCACGUUGGAAUUUCUGACGGACGGAUAAGAAUGACCGUCUUCGUUUUUCUUGCCAAGUAAAAGUCGGUUCCGAAUAAUUGCACCUAGAAAAAAGUGUUUUAUUACAGCUUUUUGCCAGUUUCGUACGUGUUUUUCUGUGCAGUAAUCAAAAUGAAGUUAAAGGAGCUUCAAAAAAUGGUAAAUGUGGCAUGGUCGCCGGCUCAGCAGGAUCAAAUUAUGCUAGCGGCCGGAACUGCCGCUCAACAGUUGGAUGCAUCUUUCAGUACUUCGUCUACGUUGGAAUUGUAUUCAAUCAAUCUAUCUGAUCCGAGCUACGAUCUUCAGCUAGUUGGAAGUCAAAACACUUCUCAUCGAUUCCAUAAAGUAUUGUGGAGUCCUUUUGAGUUUGGUGCUGCUCACCCGAAUGGUUUAAUAGUGGGCGGAUGUGAGAGUGGCGUUAUUCAAGUUUACAGUGCUUCAAAGCUGCUGGCCGGGGAGAAUGCAUUGUUAGCCCAACAGGAUAAACAUAGCGGAGCAGUACGUAGCAUGGAUUACAAUCCAUUUCAAAACAACCUGCUGGCUUCGGGUGCUUCAGAAUCGGAUAUUAUCAUUUGGGACAUCAACAAUACCACUGUACCCAUGAGCCCAGGUGCGAAAGUACAACCGCUCGAAGACGUGCAGGGACUGGCUUGGAAUCGGCAAGUUAAGCACAUUCUUGCAUCUGUGUUUUCCAAUCGAUGUGUCAUUUGGGAUUUGCGAAAAAGCGAACCGAUUAUUAAGUUAAGUGACAGCCAGUCGCGGAUUCGUUGGCGAGUAGUUCAGUGGCACCCAGAAGUUGCCACUCAACUGUGGCUUGCUAGUGAGGAAGAUCAGGCUCCAUCUGUUCAGUUGUGGGAUCUGCGUUAUGCUACUGCGCCGGCCAAGACGUUUCACAUCCAUCAGCGUGGUAUGUUGGGACUCACUUGGUGCCACCAAGACUUCGAUCUCGUGGCUUCAUGUGGCAAAGAUAGCAAAAUCUACUGCUGGAAUCAAAAUUCUGAAGAAUCGAACGGGGAAAUAUUAUCUGAAUUAGCAUCCACCAAUCAGUGGACGUUCGAUGUUACGUGGUGCCCAAGAAAUCCUGCCUUAAUCGCCGGAUCCAGCUUUGACGGAAACGUUACAGUGUAUUCAAUUUAUGGAGGCGUCCAUCAACAGGUGCAAACAACGAACAAAAUUGCUGACUCGUUUCCGGGAAUGGAAAGCAUCGGCCAUGAGCCAGUGUCUCAAACCAGCACACAAUCUCAGUCGGUUUGUAGCGACCUAAAGCGUGCUCCGAAGUGGCUGCGACGACCUGCUGGUGCUAGCUUUGGUUUCGGUGGUAAGCUAAUUACAUACAACGGAAAUAAUCGCACGGUGACUGUGAAUCAGGUGAUAACCGACCCGGAAUUAGUAGAUCGUGCGACUCGGCUGGAGCAAAUGCUUGAGAAGGAAAAUUUUGUCGAAUAUUGUCGAGCGAAAGCUGAUCAAACGACUGACCAGCAUUCACGGUUGUUGUGGUAUUUUCUGAAGGCCAAUUUUGAGGAGAAUCCGCAUGCGGAAAUGCUCAACUUACUUGGUUAUCACUCAGAGGAUAUUUCAAAUAAAUUUAAAAAGUAUACCGGUGAAAGCGCCCAAGGCGCAGAUGAUCGUGCCAAAGCGAAUCCAGUGGAUGGAUUGACUGAUCAAAUGGCAGGUCUCAGUCGGAACAAUUCCACCGAAACGGAUCCAAGUACCGACGAUAGCACUGAUCUCUCGAACUUGGAUGAUAACGCAGUCUUUGAUGCUAUUGCUGCUGGGAAUAAGUUACUUGCUGAGCAAUCUUUGGAUCAAAAAAGCAGUCAUGAAAACGAGAAGAACGUUGAUGCUGCGUAUAAAAUCCGAACUGGCCAAGAUAGUGAAGGUUUAAUUUGUGAGGCUUUGUUGACUGGAAACUUAGAAGCCGCCGUAGAACUUUGCAUGGAGGCUGGGAAGACCUCCGAGGCACUGAUUUUAGCAAUGAAUGGUGGUUCGGAGCUACUAGCCCGCGUGCAGUAUCGGUAUUUGAAAAACAGUGAAAGUUAUUUGUCAAACAUCAUUUCGGCUUUGGUGACUGAGGACUGGAGUGGAGUUGUUACACAAUGUACCAUUGAUUCUUGGAAGGAAGCGCUAGUUGCUGCAUUAACUCAUUGCAAAAAUCAAUUACCCUUGCUAUGCGAGAGACUCGGAGAGCGUCUGCAAAUGGAAGCAGCUGGCGACACUGAAUUAGCUAGAAACGCUAUUUUGUGCUAUAUUUGUGCUGGGAGUACCGAAAGAUUAGUUGAAGCGUGGAAUUUACAGAAACCAAACAACUCAAUGGGUGAUUUUGUGAAUGGCGAACCAGACAAAAACAAUAAUAGCAACCGAGAUUUACAAGAACUUGUGGAAGUUGCAAUGCUAUUACAAAAAGCAUUAGAAAAGCAAGGUCGAGCAUCCAGCGUUUCAGGAAAGUUGGCAGACUUGUUGGCACAAUAUGCUAGUUUGCUUGCGACCCAGGGUGCCUUGGGUUCGGCGUUGAUCUAUCUUGUAAACAGUACAGACCCCAAGAUAGAGCAAUUAAAAGAUCGUUUGUGUCAUGCACUGGGUCAUGUAAAUGCCGUGCCUCAAGUUCAACAAAACACUCCGUAUUAUCAAGGUGGACCGCGAGGUUCAAUGAGUAACCCGCAGCAGCCGCCAUCGUUUAAUCCAAUGUUUCCUACUAUUGGGCAAGCUAGUAAAAUGAAAAACUGGCAAACUCCGAAUGCUUCCUCGGCACUUUCUCAACCCGUUGCUUCUGCUGCUGUACCGACAAUUCCGGCUUCGAUUAAUCAACCUUCCUGGAAUACGUCUCCGUUCCAACAACCUCCAUCUGUGACACCGUUUAAUUCGACUCCUUCGUUACCGCCAGCAGUUCCAAUGGUAUCGAAACCUCCGAUGGUUCCUUCUGUACCAGAUAACAGUCAACCCCCUCGACCAGCAUCAGUUAGCUCUCAAAGCGGUGGAUUAGCGUUGGGUCGGGCCAAAUACGUUCUGGAUCCAUCUGUAACAACAGGACCAAAUUAUGGACAGCCCGCUGCAAAUCCUUACCCAAAUCCAUUUCAAUCAGCGGCCACACCCCAAUUUAAUCAAUUCAAUAACCAGCCAAUUAACCAGCAACCCCAGCCAACACUUUACAAUCCGGUUCCAGCAGCACAGCCGACAAAUAAUUUCAAACCGUUUACUCCGGCUCCAUUGGUACAACCAUCACCGUAUCUUGCUGGAGUACCGCCAUUGGACGUAUCGCAACAAAAUUAUUCGAACCAACCUGCAGCAGCAGUGCCUCCUCCGCCGUUUAGCAACAUGCAGAAAAAUCCCACUCCACCACCCGGUUGGAACGAUCCUCCUGCACUGAAAAGCGCGCCUCGAGCACAGUAUAGUGAGCAAUAUGAAAUGUCGGCAGUCCAUGCCGGAACUCGUCAAUGGCGCAAAAUAAUUGAUUCACAUGACCAUUCGAAUAGGUCAUCACCGACGCAGCCAAAAGUCGACAAUACCCCCGUUGCGCCUAUUACGUCUCCCUUCCCGGGUGGAUUUCCGGCUGGAGCUCAACCACAAAAUGGAUAUCCCGACCCGAACAGUAACUACAUGACCGGUCAGUACUUACCGACGGUCACCGGUGCAGGGUUGCCAGCUCAGCCUCCGACUAUUUUCAACCCUGCCGCUGCAGCCGGGCCUCACCAGCAGCAAGCACAGGGUGCUAUAAACUAUCAGAACUUCCAGCAGAACUUAUCGUACCAACCGCAACAAACGCCCGCAGCAGUUGAGAACAAUUUCAACGCAAACGUUAGGCAGCAGCCCGCGCCUGUUACUCAAGCUGGACCGGAGCCUCCUAAACCGAAGCCACCACUACCGGAGGAAUUUGCGUUUCUGCAGACCGUAUUUGAAGAGCUGAAAAAGAAUUGUAUUACUGCUGCUGGGAAUCCGCAAACAAAACGAAAGUUAGAAGAUGUCUCGAAAAGAUUAGAAUCAUUGUAUGAUCUACUACGCGACCGAAGGUUAACGCAAAACACGCUUGCUUCAUUGACGCAGCUGGUGCAGCUUAUUCAGGCUGGCGACUAUGCCAACGGAAUCGGGUUGCAUACGCAGAUGGUGUCUGGCCCUGAUUUUUCUCAGAUUGCGAGUUUUAUGCCGGGUAUUAAGGUUUUACUGCAGUCUGCGAUGCAACUACAGGUUUAUUUACGAUAAAUCGCCAUUGCGUUGUCGACGGUCGUUCUGAGAAUAAUAAUACUAGUUACGCGAAUUCUAGAGUUUUGAAUAGGUAAUUUAUGACCGAAUAUUUACCUACUGAUUACGCUAAAGGAUGAAUCAUUGUAAACUGGAACUGAGAACACAGCUUGCAUUUACUCUUUUACUUCCCUUGUAUUUCCUUCGUUGAUGAAACGUGUUCUAAUUUCGAUGUGUUUUGCUAAUAUUCUUUUCGUACUGUGUAUGAUCGCGCGUGUAUGCAAGCCAGUGCUAAAAAAUCUGAAAUAAUCCUUCGGAACUUGAGUUUUCAAUAGAUUCUAUAUGUUUAUUUACAAGUAUUUUGUUUAUCGCUCUUUUAUGUAUCGAAAAUAUUGUAUGUCGAGAAAUAAAUUCAAUUUAUUCACUAAAAUAUCUAA